AUGCUCACACCGCACCCCCACAUGCAUACAUAUACACACAACUUGGACAGACACACACUGACACACCCAUGUGUGCACACACAUCCAGACAUGCCCCUCUCAUGUGCAGGUGUGCACACACACACAGGCCUACCCCCCCCCCGCCCCGAUACACAAUCCCACCUGCCAAGAUUUCAUUGCAGACGAGGCUCUCCUGACCUCCAGUCUCCUCCCCAGCCUGCCAGCAAUGCCCCUGGAGCCAGUACUGGGAAAAGGGAGGCAGAGAAUGGGCUGGGGUUCACUCGGCCCUCCCCCCAGGCCGUCUGCCCUGCUCUCACUGGGCAGGCUGGGCCCCAGCGCUGGCUCUGCUCCCUAGAAGCCGCUCAGCCAUCCCAGGUCAGCUGCCUGCCCAAACUCACCCCCCACCCCCAGGAGGCAGCUGGUCCUCCGGUUGGCGGGACAGGCCUCAGUGAGGCUCAGCUCCACACUGUCUCUGUCCCCACCCUGGGGCAGAAGAGUCACAACACCUGCCACUUACAGGGUGAGGGACACGGGACUAGGGGCCCAGGCACAUCUGGAGAGCCUCGCCUCACCCUGCCCCAUCCUUAA